AUGCUACAUUAUGCGCGCACGGACUCGCACUACCUGCCGUACAUCGCCGACCGGCUACGGUGGGAGCUGGUACAGGCAGAUACAGGGGGAGAGGGGGGAGAGGGAGGUACAGGAGCAUUUGCAAACGGAAAGGGAGAAGCAGGAGGAGGAGGAGGAGGAGGAGGAGGAGGAGGAGGAGGAGGAGGAGGAGGAGGAGCAGCAGCAGCAGCAGCAGGGGGUGGAGGCAGGCGAGGGUCUAGGGCAGGACACAGCAGCGGAUCCAAGAAUGAGGAGGCAGUGAGAAGGUCGAACGCGCUGUGCCUACAGCUGUAUGAAAAACCGGGGGAGAGGAGCGCCGGUGCUGACAGGAGCAGUGUUGGGGAGGUUGUGAGAGAGAGGAGGGAGCAAGGGGAGGUGGUGGCAGUACAAGGGAAUGGAGGUCUUGGAGGGUGUCGGCUGGCGCCUGAUGCUGUUGCCACGUCAGCGGGUCAGAAGACGUCGGAUCGGUCUCAGGUGUUACGGGAAGUGAGGGCCGUGCUUGAUGCGGUAACCAGAUGGCGCGACACUGUAGCGCGGGAAGAAGACGAAAGCCUGCGGUUCCUCCUUGCUGACGUUGCAGUGGUCGCCGUGGCGCUCCUACGGCCUGCCACGUGUCAAGAGCUGAUUGGGUGCGUGGGGAAAGCUAUGGCAGCCGCUGCUGCUCUCAUGCCGCCCUCUAUGAGAGAAGAGGGCGCUCCUCGGCCUAUUCAAGGAGGGGGGAGUGGAGGGGAGAGUGGAACCUUUGAGUCAACAGAAAGAGCUUGUUCCGCUGCUGCUGCCUUGCCAGCAGCAGUAGCAGAACAACAAGCUACUCCAUCUCAGCCCGCCUCCCCUUCCUCCUCGCCUCCUCUCGUCCGUCGAUCUCCCGAGCUGGUUGCGCUGAUCACUGCCGCGUGUCGCGACGUGAGAGGUGGCGACGAGGGGGUGCUUGGCACAUUUGGAGUAGCAGUGCGAAACGAGACGGCAGCAGCAGUGAUUGGGGGGGCUGAAAGGGCAGUGGCAGCAGUGCAAGCCAGACUGGCCGAGAUCUCGUUCCUCCUCGCCCCGGUGGGCCCUCCAGAGGACGAUGAAAACGAGUUGUACAUUCAAUCCAAGUCCAACCGCUGCGUCUCGUGUGGCGAAUCCACCCACUACCUGCGCUACCGCCUCGUGCCCUCCUGCUACCGCCACGCGUUUCUCAAGCAUCUGAAGUCGCACCGGAGCCAUGAUAUCGUGCUGCUGUGCGUUGAUUGCCAUGACGUGGCACAUCGUGCAGCAGAGAUUUUCAAGAGGGAGGUCGCGUGGAGGUUCGGGGUUCCGUUGCUGCUGUCGCCGCUGGAUCGGAGGUUCGGCGGAGGGUCGGGUGAGGGUGGGGGCGAGGAGGGGGGAGAAGGGGUGGGAGAGGAGGAGAAUGCAGAAGGUAGGGAGGAGGAGGGAGGUGGGGAGAUGGAGGGUGAGGGGAGUGCGAAUGGUGAGCAGAAAGGGGGAAGGGAUGCGAGAGUACAGCCAGCGUUUCUUUUGAAUGAUGCUGCCCGGUCAGCAGUGGCGGUUUUACGGCACAGGAAAGCGUUAGCUGGGCUGGGUGGAGGGAGAGAAGGAGGGGGAACGGGAGAGGGAGAGGGGGCAGAGGGCCUGUGCGAUGGGGGAAAGGAUGGUGUGAGUGAGGGAGUAAGUGAGGAAACGUUUGAGGGAGUGAGCAAGGAAGUGAGUGAGAGCGACCAAUCUGGCAAGGCUCAAGACGAGGAGAGCCUGGGCCUAGCAGCACCUGACCUCACCGCACUCAACCUCUCUGCAACCCCCACCAUCGAGCCAGUCCCACUUCGGGGCCAUUGGGAGCACGGAACCAAGGUUGUAGCACUGCUGCUGGAGGGGGUGGGGGAGGCGGGGAUAAGGGAGUUCACGCAGCAGUGGAGGGAGGUGUUUGUAACGGCGCUACGGCCGCGCUUCCUGCCGCCCGGGUGGGACGUGCAGCACCUGGGGAGACGGCAGUUUGGGGAGUUCUCCGUUUAUAGCCCGCAGAGGAGGAGGUAUAAGGCGAAUAUGGUGGGGCCGUUAGGGCAGUACCGCCCUGGAUUCCUCCAAACCGAGCCGUCAUCCUCCUUUCCCGCCGCAUUCCCCGUCGAGAUCGAGUGGGGAUUGGGCAACGAGCUUCUGAUCUGCGCUCCGGCCGCAUCUGUCGCCGCGUCCGACGGCGCGUUUCAAGGAAGGUCGGACGACCGGCAUGAUGACGUGGCGGGACGCGGGUCGGCAAUUGUCAGCGUGACGUGGGCUGACACGUCAUCGUUCCACCGGCAGAUCGCAGCGGGGGCGUCGUCGUUGUACGGGCGACUGCAGGCGGCGAUUGCGGUGGAAAUGGCGGAGGAAGCGGAAGACGCGGAAAUCGACGAGCGGCGCGAGAGGUGGUCUCGCCACGUCAGCAGGCUCCUCUCUCCGCCGUCCGCCCAGUCCACGCUGGCAGCUGCGCGCGCCUCUCCCCACUCCCUUGGGAUCUCCGCCUCUGACCCGUUUGCAGCGAUAGACACUGAGGAGCAGGAUUGGGAGGAUGAGUCUGCGCCACGUGGCAUCACCCAGGGUGAGCUGGCAGCCGUCUGGGACCUCCUCCGCCUCUGUUUCCCCCCCGACCACACACCUGGCGCUGCUGACGUGGACAGUGACAUGGACACUCGCAUGGGUGGUGGUGCUGACGUGGACAAGCAAUACAACGCGUCGCUACCUCCUUGCAACACGUCCACGUCAGCCUGCCUCCGGUCCUUGCGGGAUCAGAUGAGCCAAUCAGAGGCCAUACCUCCAGAGGUUCUUGAGCCCUAUUGGCCGGCUGUGGCUUCCUGCGCUGCGAUUGGCCGGAGAGACACAGCGACGGCUCUGCUCCGCCAGCACUCGUCCUAUCGUGAGGAUCAGGUGGUGCAGAGAGAGGCGGAGAAUGGGCUGGUAGAGGCCGUGGCAGUGCUGCUGGCGGAGAUGCCCAUGCCGCUCGAGCCAAUGGCGGCGCGCGAUGCUGCUGAGGUGUCGGCGUAUUACAGGUACUCCUUCUCCCAUGAUGCUUCUCUCAAGGGAGCCCCUUCUGGCUUCAUCCUCCCCAUCCGGGAUGUGAGGGCGAGCGUUGGAGCGGGCUUCAUUUUCCCUCUUGUGGGCACCAUGAGCACCAUGCCUGGCUUGCCAACCAGGCCUUGCUUCUACGACAUUGAUAUCGACACGGCUACUGGCAAUAUCAUUGGUUUGUCUUAA